UGUUUACCAGCUGAGCAGAAAAAGAAGCAGCUGUGUAGUGAGCGCGAAAGAGAUUGCACUGAAAUACGUUUUUUCCACGUAAUCUACAUUUUCCCCUUUUCAAAAUCUCGCAGUCCUAUUUGCAAGAAGAAGAAGCGAUCCAGUAACUUUUUCCUGAUUGUAGACCAGCUGAUGAUACGGAUAUAAAAUGAAAACUGAAGUAUCCACUGCAGCGAAUUUCAUCUCCAGAUUACUGAAAACAACUGGACUGCUAUCCCAGGAGCAACUUCAGCAUUUCAGCCAUUCCCUCGAAAAAUCUCUGGGAGAUCACUACAAGCACCACUGGUUCCCUAACGCUCCCUGCCGGGGCUCAGCUUACAGAUGCAUCAGAAUCAAUGAGAACCACAAGAUGGACCCGGUGAUCGGGGAGGCCGCCGGCACCAUUGGACUGACCAGAGAACAGCUCUUCUCCCUUCUGCCCAGCGAGCUCACCAUGUGGGUGGACCCGUACGAGGUGUCGUACAGGAUCGGAGAGGACGGCUCCAUCUGCGUCCUCUAUGAAUCUGAGCCAUCAUCAUCAUCAUCAUCAUCUACAGCCUCUAACCAGAGCCAAGGGGACAGCAACAACAGAGCAGGCAGUUGCAAAGGUGAACUGAGAGUGGGGAUGGGGAGGUCCAAAAAGCCCAAGUCCUUCACCAUGAUAAGGAUCUCCAGUAGCUAAAUGUUUACCUGCCCCACCCUCCUGGACACUUGGACCUAGGUUACACACAUAUUGGUUAGAAUAAUUGUUCAUUUCUUUCUUUCUUUUUUUUAAUAUUAAAAAAUAUGUUUAGUACUUUGAAGAUCAACUUGUUCACCUUUAUGGAUAUUGAUACUACAUGGGUCUAUUUUGAGAUAGAAUUAUUGACAGAAGAUUAAUUUUUAACGUAUGUUCUUGAUGUUGCUAAUUUAUACACAGUAUAUUAAACACACUGCAUUUGAA